AUGGACGACCCCUUUACCUUCCCCGUGUCAUUCUUCUUCGUCGCUAAGAAUGCUCACUUCGGAGCUGAAAAAGGGCUGAUGAUGUCCGUACAAGCUUUGCGCAAUAUUCGCCUCGAAAGUUCCUUGAAACCUCAGAGCGAUUUUUCCCUGGUGGAGACUAUACCGGAGACAUUUCAGUCGGUCCAGCAUUAUCUCGGAUCGCAGGUCUACCCUUUGCUGGAAGAGACACGGGCGAGUCUGUGCUCGAGUUUGGAAAAUAUUUCUUCGCAGCCUUUCACUGAGGUUACUGACUCUGUGAAAUGCACGAGAAGUGGGAACACAUAUGCUGUUAAGGCCGGUCGGUGGAGCAAUGAAUCCAACACUCGUGGCAAGGAAACUUACAAAACUUUGCCUGGAGAUAUCUUGAUUCUAACUGAUGCUAAGCCUGCAACUGUUCCUGACUUGGAGAGGUCCGGAAGAAGAUGGGUGCUUGCAUCAGUAAAGAUGAUUGGAGGAGACAAUGAAGAGAAUAAGGCAACGUCAUCCACAAACUUUACAGUAAAGGCAUUAUUGGACCAUGAAGUAAAUAAUCCCUGGAAGCCAAUCUAUGCAAUUUUCCUGACAAAUAUAGCCACUAACAGAAGGAUAUGGGAUGCGUUGCAUAUGUCUCUGAACUUGGAUAUUGUGAAGGAAGUUCUCUGCACAGAUUUGGUGGCUGACAAAGUUUCUAAUAUUUGUAUUACGAAAGGUAAUGGUUCUGCAAGUGAGAGCCUUGACGAGAGAUUCUACCAUGAUCUGAAUGAAUCCCAAAAAAAUGCAGUUGUGGCCUGUCUCAAUAAACUCAAAUGUGAGAACAAGCCAUCUGUCAAACUGAUAUGGGGUCCUCCUGGAACUGGGAAGGCUACAACUGUCGCUACACUGCUAUUUACUCUCAUGAAAAGGAAACGAGUGGCAUCUCGUGUUCUAAAGCUGCUAAAGCAAUCAGAUAAUGGUUUAAGCACUGAAAUGAAAAGUUUUCUCUGUUACUUUGACAUGCUUAUUUUUGGGAACAAGGAGCGGCUGAAAGUUGAUGCCAACAUUGAAGAAAUAUACUUGGAACAUCGUGUAGAGUGCUUUUCCAAAUUCACUAGUCUAAAUUCCAUGAUAGAUACACUUGCCAACUGUGUCCGUCAAUACCACAUAUUUUUGGAAAACGAACACAUAAAAAUAAGCAAAUCAGGAAGUGAUGAUGAUGGGAGUGGAUGCGGAAGCGGUGAGCUUAAAUCAUUUCUUGAGUUUUUCAGGGACCGAUUCAAGGCAACUGUCCAGCCCCUGCGGAGAUGCCUCAAUAUUUUCUGUACUCAUAUAUCCAGAACUAAUUUCCAGAAUAUUACAUCCCUCCUUAACUUACUAGAUUCUUUUGAAACUUUAUUCUGUGGAGAGAAUUUGGAUUCGGAGAUGAUGGAGAUAACUCUUUCACGUGAUGAAGUUAGCCUGUUUUCAUUUGAGACGUCCAUGGGUCCACUAUAUGAUUUAUACAUGAAGAUACAGGAAUGCCUUUCCUUGUUGCUAACUGUUCGUGAUUCUCUGAAGGAUCUAAAACUUCCAAACUUUACAAGUAAGGACAUGAUAGCCGACUUCUGUUAUCAACAUGCUUCCCUGAUUUUUUGCACUGCUUAUAGUUCAUAUAAGCUGUACUCCGUGGAAAUGGAGCCUCUCAAUUUACUGGUAAUCGACGAGGCAGCCCAGUUGAAAGAAUGCGAGUCAGUAAUUCCUCUGCAACUCCCUGGUGUCAAGCAUCUGAUUUUAGUUGGAGAUGAGUGUCAGUUGCCUGCUAUGGUUGAAAGCAAGCUUUCUAAUAGGGCUGGUUUUGGAAGGAGUCUGUUUGAACGAUUGAGUUCACUGGGUUAUUCAAGGCAACUUCUCAAUAUACAAUAUCGGAUGCAUCCAUCAAUAAGUCUGUUUCCGACUUCAAAAUUUUAUCAAAACCAAAUUUUGGAUGGGCCAAAUGUGAAGAGCAAAAGUUACAGAAAAAGUCAUUUGCCAUGGCCGAUGUUUGGCCCUUACUCGUUCAUAAAUAUUCCUGAUGGACAAGAACAAAUCGGUGAUGAUGGCUGUAGCCUUAGAAACCCUGUUGAGGUGGAAGUUAUCUCGAGGAUAGUGAGGAAUCUGUACAGAGCCUGGGAUGGGUCAGAAGAACAUCUGACAGUAGGUGUCAUAUCUCCCUAUGCAGCUCAGGUUGCUGCAGUUCAAGCUAAACUUGGAAAAAGGUAUGAAAAUAUCAAGGGCUUUACGGUCAAGGUGAAGUCAGUGGAUGGAUUCCAAGGUGGUGAAGAAGACAUUGUUAUAAUAUCCACCGUAAGAUCAAACUCACGUGGGACUAUUGGGUUCUUGUCCGAUACUAAGAGAACCAAUGUUGCUCUUACCCGGGCCAGGUAUUGUCUGUGGAUUCUGGGAAAUGGGCAAACACUGACGAAAAGCGAUUCUGUGUGGAAAGCUGUGGUUGACAAUGCAAAGAGUCGUGGAUGUUUCUUCAAUGUUGAUGAUGACAAGGAUUUGGCUAAAGCCAUCUUGGAUGUGAAGAAAGAGAAUAAUCAGCUUGAUGAUCUGCUUGACAGAGGCAGUGUACUUUUCAGAAAUGCAAGGUGGAAGGUUCUUUUCAGUGACAACUUCCUGAAGUCUUUCAGAAAGCUGGCAUCACUCAGGACAAAGAUGUCCAUCAUCAACCUUCUGUCAAAACUCUCCAGUGGCUGGAGACCAAAGAAGAGAAAUGUGGAUAUAAUUUGUGAACACUCAUCUCAUAUCGUAAGACAAUUUAAAGCUGACAGUUUCUAUGUCAUAUGCACGACUGAUAUUGUAAAGGAACUGAUAUACAUCCAAAUCCUGAAGAUAUGGGAUGUAUUGCCUUUAGAGGAUGUGGUAAAAUUGGUCAAACGUUUGGACAGCAUAUUCGAGACAUAUAGUGAUGAUUUUAUUAGUCAUUGCAAUGAGAAAUGCAUUGAGGGGGAUCUGCAAGUUCCGAAGACCUGGGCAUGUACUUUCGAUUUUGUCCGCUAUCGAAGUCCUAGUGAAGGUCAAUUUGGGAGUAGUUCUGAUGCUGAUGCUUCAGAUCGUAGGUUGUAUGUGGAGAAUGUGAAAGUGAGCGAGAGUUUGCUUCUGAUGAAAUUCUACCCUUAUCAUCAGAUAUUGUCAGAAAUUUGCUCGAUGACAGUGAUGGUAAUAAAGCAAGUGUUCCGUUUGAAGUAA